AUGAUCCCAGUGCCCCAUCCUCCCUAUUCACUUGAUCUUGCCAAGAGCAACUUUGUUUCCCCAGAUGAAAAAGAUCCUCAAAGGGAAACAUUUUGCCAGUGUGGAAGAGAAAGGGCUAUUGCAAGACAUGAAGUCCGAGAAAUUGAGCAGCGACAUACAAUGGAUGGCCCUCGGCAAGAUGCAGCUUUAGACGAGGAAGAGGACAUGGUGAUCAUCUAUAAUAGAGUUCCCAAAACUGCAAGCACCUCAUUUACCAAUAUCGCCUAUGACCUGUGUGCAAAGAAUAAAUACCAUGUUCUUCACAUCAACACUACAAAAAAUAAUCCAGUGAUGUCACUGCAAGAUCAGGUGCGCUUUGUAAAGAAUAUAACUUCCUGGAAAGAGAUGAAACCAGGAUUUUAUCAUGGACACGUUUCUUACUUGGAUUUUGCAAAAUUUGGUGUGAAGAAGAAACCAAUUUACAUUAAUGUCAUAAGGGAUCCUAUUGAGAGACUAGUUUCUUACUAUUACUUUCUGAGAUUUGGAGAUGACUAUAGACCAGGGUUAAGGAGACGAAAACAAGGAGACAAAAAGACCUUUGAUGAAUGUGUAGCUGAGGGUGGCUCAGACUGUGCUCCGGAGAAGCUCUGGCUCCAAAUCCCAUUCUUCUGUGGCCACAGCUCGGAAUGCUGGAAUGUGGGAAGCAGGUGGGCUAUGGAUCAAGCCAAGUAUAACCUAAUCAAUGAAUAUUUUCUGGUGGGAGUUACUGAAGAGCUUGAAGAUUUUAUCAUGUUAUUGGAGGCAGCUUUGCCCCGCUUUUUCAGGGGAGCUACAGAACUCUAUCGUACAGGAAAGAAAUCUCAUCUUAGAAAAACCACAGAGAAGAAACUCCCCACUAAACAAACCAUUGCUAAACUGCAGCAGUCUGACAUCUGGAAGAUGGAAAAUGAGUUCUAUGACUUUGCACUCGAGCAGUUCCAGUUCAUCAGAGCCCAUGCAGUUCGAGAAAAGGACGGAGACCUCUACAUCCUUGCACAAAACUUUUUUUAUGAAAAGAUUUACCCUAAAUCAAACUGAGUAUAAGAUGUGACUGUUAUAUUCUUGAACUAAAACUGACCCUUUCUUCACCUUCGUUUUCAGCUCCACAACCUGGAUUGCUGAUAGAGGUACAUGACAAUUUCUAUCGAGCCAAAUUGGAACAGAGACAAUAAUGUCAAGGAAGUAGAUACUGGCUGGUAUGUCAGCGUUUUAAGAAAUUUAAGUUUCAGGCAUUUUCUGUAAAUUUUGGUGAGAGUUAUAACCUCCCGCCUGGGGAAAAAACCUGUACAUCACCUAAAAUAAGCACAUGGCAGGUAUAAUUAAAAGGCUAAAUACAAUUUUACAAAGGGUUCUGAAACCCUUGUUUUUGAUAAAGCGUUUUUCAACUAAACAUGAAUGAAGAUGAAUCCAUUUGCCACUUCCGCCCUCGCUGAAGGUUUGGGUUAUACACCUCUACUGAAUAGUGUUAAUAACUGUUUGGCAGCGUGUGCUUUGUUUUGUGAAUCAUGUCUCAUGAAAUGUAUUGGAAUGUUUAAUUAUGUUUGCUAAGAAAUGUUUCUGCUGUAGUUGGAUUUGCCCAUAUUUAUGUAGGUGGUUUUAUUUUUUUAAAGCAAUCGUUAGUGUUAAAAAUCAAUUUAAACCAUGACUAAUACUUUAAAAAGAUAAAGCGUCAAAGCAGUAUUUCUCAUUCCCGUCUCCCUCGUAUCUAAUAUUGGGAAGAUACUUCAAAGAAUGUUGAGAUUGUCUAAAGUUUUAGUUAAGACUUUCACACGUUAAUAUCAGAAAAGAAAGGUAGUAUUUGUUUCUCCAUGGGUUAUUCAUAAAGCUGUAAACUUGAGAUUUCAGUGACUCCGUAUUAUGAUUCCAUCAGUGAGCUGCGGUAUGGGCAGGAUUUCCGUACUUCUUCUGUGCUUUUACCUGUAGACUAUUUUUACUAAGGUGCUUUAUAAUGUGUUUUAAAGCAUUGCAUUUACAAACAAAGGAAAAUGCUGCAAGUAUUGCAUAUUUUAUGUAUCUGGACCAAAAGGUUACAAGUAAUUAGGCAAAAGUGGUUUUGCACCAAUUUUACUAUGUCGGGUAAAACCAUCAGAUCUACUGUUCUUGUAUUUCUCAUUUAACUUUACUGUUAUGACAUCACUGAAAUGAACUUCGGCUUUCGAUUUUGAUACACACAGUUCAUUCUUCAUAACUGGAGGCAGAAGGUACAGUGGAAAGGGCAUUGGACAAGGAGUCAAAACUCUUGAUUCCAGAUCCUAGCUCUGCCACUUAACAGCUGUGUGAUCUUGGGCAAGUCACUUAGCCUCCCUUUGCCUCAAUUUCCUCAUCUUGAAAUGAGGUUAGUAAUACCUGCUCUACCUACCUCACAGGGCUGUUGUGAGGAUUAAAUGAGAUGGCAUGUGAAAGCACUUUGAAAAUUGUAAAGCGCUAUAUAAACGCGAGGUAUUAUUAUAGAAACAUCUUUAACAUGUGGUUUCAUACCAUUCAUUUUUUUAAAAAGAAAGGGAGAAGUCUGCUUGCCAGCUGGUUGAAAAAGUUAAUCUUGAUAUAAAUUUGUGUUGAUAAAUAUC